CCCCACUAUUGUCCUUGAUCUCUUCUUUCUACACCUUCACCUCUCUCCCCUUCUCCUCUCCUCUCCACCUCCUCUACUCAUCCAACACUCUCUCCCGAAUCUCACUCAAUCCCUCUCAACAAUGUCCACCACCACCCACACCACCGAAGAAAUAGACCAAACAAAAGCCCCCUCAAUCCACCUAACAAACCUCUCCUACACCUUCCCCAGCACCCACUCCGGCCUCUCGAACCUAACCCUCUCCCUCCCCCCCAAAUCCCGCACCCUCCUCAUCGGCGCCAACGGCGCCGGCAAAACCACCCUCCUCCGCCUGCUCUCCGGCAAGCGUCUCGCGCCCUCAAACACCAUCUCCAUCGGCGGCCUCGACCCCUUCAAAGACGGCCUCGAGGGCGUGACAUACCUCGGGCUCGAAUGGGUGCUCAAUCCCAUCGUACGAACCGACAUCGGUGUCAAGGAACUACUGAAGAGCGUUGGUGGGGAUCAUUACCCCGAUCGGAAAGACGAGUUGGUGCGCGUUCUUGAUAUUGAUCUGGAUUGGCGGAUGCAUGCAGUAUCAGAUGGGGAGAGAAGGAGGGUCCAGCUUGCCAUGGGACUUAUUCGACCUUGGCGAAUCUUGUUGUUGGACGAGAUUACGGUGGAUUUGGAUCUAUUAAGUCGGAGUAAUUUCCUAGCUUUCCUGAAAAAGGAGACUGAGACGAGGGAGUGUACCAUUGUGUACGCGACGCAUAUCCUGGAUAACCUGGCGGAGUGGCCGACGCAUCUGGUGCAUAUGAGUCUGGGGAAGGUUAAGGAGUGGGGUGAGAUCGAGGGGUUCGAGUUGGGCGAGAAGGGGUAUGGGAAGACGGGGAAUAGUAGGUUGGGAGAAUUGGUUUUGGGGUGGUUGAAGGAUGAUUUGCGUGAGAGGGGGCCUAGGAAUAAAGGGACGACGAGUGAGGGGACUGCGUAUUUGACGGGUGGUCUUGGGGGGUAUGGGGCGGAGGAUGCUAUUAAGGCCGGCAAAAGGACUUUUUAAGAAGGUAUGUGUGGGUUAUUCAUGAUGUGAUGAGUUCAUGGGUUUCUUUUCUUUCUCUCGGUCUGCUUUUAUGGUUGUUUACGAGUCAGCAUGAGCGCUUCAACGCCUCUGGGUUUGCAUGGGAUGGGCGUAGCAUUUAACAUAUACCACCGGUCUUAUUUAACCAGGAACUGGAAUGGCGCAUGGUUCAACAGCGAAGGGAGGGUUUAUUUGGCAUUUGCAUCUCGGCAUAUCUUCAACCAGCACAGCGCGGCGCAGGUUUCAACAGAACUGGUCUUCAACUAGAUGUGGGUCGUGGUCUUUAACAGCACGGCCUUGUUCAACGAUAAAAGAAGCGAUGAAUGGUAAUCUUUCUUAUUCAGCUAGAAGGAGCUAUAGAAAAUAUCCGCAACGAACUAUCUUCACUCGCAAUUGCGAGCUCUACUUCAUCUCCUCCUUCCUUGCUCGUGGGUCUCCAAGCAAGUUGUGU